GGGGGCCUACUUUCCCCCGGGUUGGCAUCAUGUCGGCGGCGCAGGUGUCCUCGUCCCGGAGACAAUCUUGCUACCUGUGCGACCUGCCCCGAAUGCCCUGGGCCAUGAUCUGGGACUUCUCGGAACCCGUAUGCCGCGGUUGCGUAAACUACGAGGGCGCCGAUCGCAUCGAGUUCGUGAUCGAGACCGCGCGUCAGCUGAAGCGGGCGCAUGGAUGCUUCCAGGACGGCCGCUCCCCGGGGCCGCCGCCGCCCGUUGGGGUCAAGACAGUGGCCCUGUCAGCUAAGGAGGCGGCGGCGGCGGCAGCGGCCGCAGCCGCGGCUGCCGCGCAGCAGCAGCAGCAACAGCAGCAGCAGCCACAGGCACAGCAACAGCAGCUCAACCACGUUGAUGGUUCCAGCAAGCCUGCGGUGCUGGCGGCCCCGUCCGGCCUGGAGCGCUACGGCCUGAGUGCCGCUGCCGCUGCUGCCGCUGCCGCCGCCGUGGAACAGCGCAGCCGCUUCGAGUACCCGCCGCCACCGGUGAGCCUGGGAAGCAGCAGCCACGCCGCCCGGCUGCCCAACGGCCUGGGGGGCCCCAACGGCUUCCCCAAGCCGGCACCAGAGGAGGGUCCCCCGGAGCUGAAUCGCCAGAGCCCCAACUCAUCUUCAGCGGCAUCAGCGUCAGUGGCGUCUCGGCGCGGGACGCACGGUGGGCUAGUGACGGGGUUGCCUAACCCGGGGGGUGGAGGAGGCCCCCAGCUUACUGUGCCCCCCAACCUGCUGCCGCAGACGCUGCUUAACGGUCCCGCCAGCGCCGCCGUGCUGCCCCCACCGCCACCGCAUGGCCUCGGCAGCCGUGGGCCCCCAACGCCCGCGCCCCCAGGGGCUCCUGGGGGCCCCGCUUGUCUCGGGGGCACACCGGGCGUAUCUGCGGCAUCUUCCUCCGCGUCGUCGUCUUCGACCUCGUCGUCAGUUGCUGAGGUGGGCGUGGGUGCUGGUGGCAAAAGGCCUGGCUCCGUGUCAAGCACGGACCAGGAACGCGAAUUGAAGGAGAAGCAGCGUAACGCCGAGGCCUUGGCGGAGCUGAGCGAAAGCCUGCGCAACCGCGCGGAGGAGUGGGCCAACAAGCCCAAGAUGGUCCGCGACACUCUGCUCACCCUAGCUGGCUGCACGCCCUACGAGGUGCGCUUCAAGAAGGACCACUCGCUGUUGGGCCGAGUCUUCGCCUUUGACGCUGUCUCCAAGCCUGGCAUGGACUACGAGUUGAAGUUGUUCAUUGAGUACCCCACGGGCUCAGGCAACGUGUACUCCAGCGCAUCUGGGGUGGCUAAGCAGAUGUACCAGGACUGUAUGAAGGACUUCGGCCGGGGUCUAUCCUCGGGCUUUAAGUAUCUGGAGUACGAGAAGAAACACGGCUCCGGGGACUGGCGCCUACUUGGAGACCUGCUCCCCGAGGCCGUGCGCUUCUUUAAGGAGGGCGUGCCCGGAGCCGACAUGCUGCCCCAGCCCUACCUGGAUGCCAGCUGCCCCAUGCUGCCCACGGCGCUGGUGAGUCUAAGCCGCGCCCCCAGUGCACCCCCCGGGACCGCGGCCCUGCCGCCUGCCGCCCCCUCUGGCCGGGGCGCAGCCGCCAGCCUGCGCAAGAGGAAGGCAUCUCCUGAGCCUCCAGACUCCGCCGAGGGCACUCUGAAGUUGGGCGAGGAGCAGCAGAGGCAGCAGUGGAUAGCGAACCAGAGCGAGGCACUAAAGCUCACCAUGUCGGCCGGGGGUUUUGCAGCGCCAGGCCAUGCGGCUGGGGGUCCGCCCCCGCCACCUCCACCCCUGGGACCCCAUUCCAACCGGACCACCCCGCCGGAGUCAGCCCCUCAGAACGGUCCGUCCCCCAUGGCCGCCCUCAUGUCGGUGGCAGACACUCUGGGCACGGCGCACUCGCCCAAGGAUGGCAGUUCCGUUCACUCGACCACUGCGUCCGCGCGGCGCAACAGCAGCAGCCCAGUGUCGCCGGCCUCUGUGCCCGGGCAGCGCCGCUUGGCCUCGCGGAACGGGGACCUAAAUUUGCAGGUGGCGCCCCCACCACCUAGCACCCACCCGGGCAUGGACCAAGUGCACCCCCAAAACAUUCCGGAUUCCCCAAUGGCCAACAGCGGGCCCCUCUGCUGUACCAUUUGCCACGAACGUUUGGAGGACACACAUUUCGUUCAGUGCCCAUCCGUCCCCAGCCACAAAUUCUGCUUCCCUUGCUCAAGAGAGAGUAUCAAGGCUCAGGGGGCCACCGGCGAGGUGUACUGCCCCAGCGGAGAGAAAUGCCCCCUGGUUGGGUCGAAUGUACCUUGGGCCUUCAUGCAGGGUGAAAUCGCGACGAUCUUAGCUGGGGAUGUUAAAGUGAAAAAGGAGAGAGACCCUUGAACCACAAGACAGCCAUCUCCUUUCAUCCAGACCAGCUCCUCUCCGAUCCAGAGGGCCCCUCCCCCAUUUACAUCGACCCCCCUUCCCUCACCCCCAAGAUGUAGAAUUGUGAAUAUAACAAAACUGCAAAAAGUUAGUCUUAUGUAUAGACAUUAUUUUCGUCGUAUGUUUCUAUAUUUUGAAACUAAGGUAUGUAACUUCUUCAUUUGAAGGAUAAGCUGGUUUGUGUUAAGCAGUACAAUAUUGGUUGGGUCAUUUGCAUCAUAUUUGUUAGCAUUUAUUUGGUGGCAGAGUGUUUGCCUAGGUACAGAAUUAAUAGCCCUUGGCAACACUGCUGCUGGUGUGUAUUUUUGUAAAUGUUAUGCACUCUCUGAAAGGAAAGAAACACACAAAAGAAAAUGACUCUUUUUUUUUUUGCCAAGGCCAGUGUUGCUGCCUAAAAAAAUGAUGCUAUAAAAUGGUGACAAGCUUCUUUCUAAACAGCCCCAAGUGUUGAAGUCUUCACUUUGUUUUGUUUUGUUUUUCUGUUCUGUUUGCAAAAUGGUAAAGGGGAUGUUGGGGGUGGGGCGGGGUGUUUUUCGUUGCAAGUUUGUGAGGGAAGAUGUUUGGGUUUGUUUCCACGGACCUGAAUGUGGCGGACCUUCACGUGUUGUUUGGUUUUUGCUUUAUUGAUGCACGGAUGCUUUUGAACAGUAGAGCGAAACGCUAGACAUGGAGAACCUGCUCUGUUUGUCCUUUAUACAUUUCUGUAGUUAACAGAACACUGUAAUGUGCCUUGGAGCUUAGUAACUUGUAAUAAAUUCAAUUGAUAUUAAUUCUG